AUGCCACACACGCAGUUCCCGGAGCAUAAGAACGAGCACUGGCUGCCCAAUGUGGAGCGCGUGGGCGUCCUGGGGGACCUCAUCACGCGCGCCAACCACUACGCCAUCACGGUCUCUGACGUGGCCAACGUGCCCAACCGCUCUGAGGACGGCGUGGUCACCCAGUUCUUCAUGCGCGACCCCGAUGGCUACUAUGUGGAGCUCUGCAACUGCGACAUCCUCACAAAGUACUGCCUCGCUCAGGACGACCACCGCCUGAUCUCGUACAACGAGUCAUCGGUGGACCUGGGCAUAGCCGAGAUCCUGCGGUUUAACGCGCUGGCUGAGGAGUCGCGCGCCAAGUACCUCGAGCGCGUGCAGGACAAGGGCGAGACAAAGGAGACCCUCUCCCGCGCUCUGAUUGAGGCCAACAACAGCGCCCCCUUGGCCACGCGCAUCCUGCGCGCCCGCAAAGCCGAAGCAGGACAAAUAUACAUCCCGCCAGCCAUUUUUGAGGGUGGUGAUGAGAAGUACCAGCCCAAGGCCGUGGAGCGCCGCAAGUCCAUGAUCAGCAGGGCCAAGCUGGACCAGGAUGUGGCGCUGGCGCUGGUGAAGCCGGAGCAGCUCUUCAAGCAGUGA